AUGAACAAAGCGACGAUUGCCCUCACCUUCCUCUUUGUCUUUGCCGCCUCGACGGCGAUCGCAGAACCGCUCGUCUCGAUGUCGGGCGGCAAAGCUAGCCCCGGCGUGGUCACCGCCUGGAGCGGCGCCGGAAAGAAGAUCGAACUCACCCUCAAGGACGGUCAAAGCCAAGGUGAAGGGCGGCAAAGUCCUCGUCACGGUGGGCAACGCGUUGCGGAGGUUUUGAAAUCACACGGCGUCGAGGCGCUCUUCACCCUGGUGGGCGGACACAUUUCGCCCAUCCUGGUCGAAAGCAAACGCCGUGGCAUCCGCGUCAUCGAUACCCGGCACGAGGUCAAUGCGGUCUUCGCCGCCGACGCAUGGUCGCGGCUCACCGGCGUACCAGGCGUCGCUGCCGUAACUGCCGGGCCCGGCGUGACCAACGCGAUCACCGCGAUCAAAAACGCCCAACUCGCACAGGUUCCACUCGUGCUGAUCGGCGGCGCCACCGCGACGAUGCUUCGUGGCCGCGGUUCGCUUCAAGACAUCGACCAGACGGCACUCAUCGCCCCGCAUGUGAAGUUCGCCGCGCGACCCAACACACUUCGUGAAGUCGUCCCCGCAUUGGAGCGCGCGUUCGAAGAAUCACAAAGCGGCGUGCCGGGUCCGGUCUUCGUCGAGCUCGCCGUUGACCUCCUCUACCCCGAGGCGACCGUCCGCGAGUGGUACAAAGCGAAGACGGACAAGGCGGACAAGAAGCUCGUCGAUCACGCCACGAGCCUCUACAUCAAAGGCCACCUCAAAUACCUCUUCUCUGAAGUCAGCGGUCCCGUCAUUCACUCCCCCGCCGCACCGCCGCCCACCGUUCCGUCCAAUCCCGACGUGCGUAGCGCGGUAAAACUUCUCGACGGUGCGAAGAAGCCACUGAUGGUGAUCGGCAGUCAGGCAAUGCUGAACCCAUCGAAGGUCGGCGAGUUGAUCGCAGCCAUCGAGCGGAUCGGUGCACCGGUUUACCUGUCCGGAAUGGCGCGCGGUCUUCUCGGCAAAAAGCACCCGCUGCUCAUGCGCCACAAACGCCGCAUCGCACUUCGCGCGGCGGACGUUGUGGUGUUGUGCGGCGUCCCCUGCGACUUCCGGCUCGACUACGGUAGCCACGUCGCGCGCGCGAAAGUCGUGGGCAUCAAUCUCAGCGAAGACGACCUGAAGAAGAACCGAAAGCCAGACCUCGGUAUCCUCGCCGACCCGGUUACGGUCCUGACGAGCGUCGCGCGACUCGUCGGCGAAGCGCCCUCACGCACCGCGUGGUUCGAAUCACUUCGUGAACGAGAGGGCGCCCGCGAAACCGAGAUCGACACCUUCGAAAAGAUCGACACCGGCAGCAUCAAUCCCAUCGCCUUAUGUCGUGCGAUCGAUCGGCACCUCACCGACGACGCCGUGUUGAUCGGCGACGGCGGUGAUUUCGUAGCCACGGCUUCGUACACCCUGAGCCCACGCCAACCGUUGUGCUGGCUAGACCCGGGCGUGUUCGGAACCCUGGGUGUCGGCGCAGGAUUCGCGUUGGCGGCCAAGGCGUACCGCAAAGACUCGGACGUUUGGAUCAUCUACGGCGACGGCGCCGCCGGCUUCUCGAUCAUGGAGUUCGACACGUACGCUCGCCACGGCAUUCCGGUGAUCGCGGUGGUCGGCAACGACGCUUGUUGGACCCAAAUCGAACGCGACCAAACGCCUACGCUCGGCGACAACGUCGCCUGCAUGCUCACGCAUAUGGACUACCAAACCGUCGCGGAAGGCUGCGGCGCCAAGGGCAUUCGGGUCGAAUCACCCGAUGAGAUCGACGCUGCGUUGAAGCAAGCGCUCGAGUGGUCGCGGGCCGGUCAUCCCGUGUUGAUCAACGCAAUCAUCGGGAAGUCGGACUUCCGCAAGGGUUCGAUUUCGAUCUGA